UUCAGCGCAAAGAGGAACGAGGGGAGGCGGUAGAAAAGGAGAGCUACGGUCAGGGAUGUCGAUCAGAUGCGAUUUAUGGGUAGAAAUGCAGUGACAUAAAAUAAACUUGAUGUCAAACAAAUGUUUUCUAAAUAGAAUAUGGCGCCGUCAGGCUCUCGUAGUAUCAAAAGAAGCUGUCAGACAGUUUUGUAUUGGAUUCCAGUUCUUUUUAUCAACCUCAUAGUGGCUUGGUCCUACUACGCGUAUGUUGUACAGCUCUGCAUAGAAUCCAUCAACAAUGUUGGAGAGAAAAUUGUUUACCUGCUGGCAUAUCAUGUUAUCUUCAUCUUGUUUACCUGGGCCUACUGGCAGACCAUCUUUACCAAGCCCAUGAACCCACUGAAAGAGUUCCACUUGUCCCACUCAGACAAAGAGAUGUUGGAGCGGGAGGACCGCGGAGAGUCUCAGCAGGAGGUCCUUAGGAGGAUGGCUAAGGACCUACCCAUCUACACCCGCACCAUGUCUGGAGCUAUCCGCUUCUGUGAUCGCUGCCAGCUGGUCAAGCCUGAUCGAUGCCACCACUGCUCAGUCUGCGAUAAGUGCAUUUUAAAGAUGGAUCACCACUGCCCCUGGGUCAAUAACUGUGUGGGCUUCUCCAACUAUAAGUUUUUCAUGCUGUUUCUGGCAUACUCCUUGUUAUAUUGCCUUUUUAUCACUGCUACAGAUCUACAGUACUUCAUUAAAUUCUGGACCGUUGGAGGUAAAACACAUGACCGUCUGUUAGAAUACUUGAACGGUCUGCCUGAUACCCAGGCUAAGUUCCACAUCAUGUUCCUGUUCUUUGCUGCCUCCAUGUUCUCUGUCAGUCUUGCCUCACUGUUCGUCUACCACUGUUGGCUGGUCUUCAAAAACAGAUCUACUCUGGAGGCUGUCCGUGCCCCAGCAUUUCGUCACGGGGCAGAUAAGAAUGGCUUCAGUCUGGGCCUCAGUAAGAACUUCCGCCAGGUUUUUGGUGAUGAAAUGAGAUACUGGCUACUUCCUGUGUUCUCCAGUCUGGGUGAUGGAUGCUCCUUCCCAACCUGCCUUGUGAAUCAAGAUCCUGAGCAACCCACCUCUCCAGGACACCAGCCUCCUCCCAACAAACCGGUUGUUGGAGAGGGCCACCAGUUCCCAGCCAAGCCACUUAGGGAGUCUCAAAGUCGACUGCUGAACAGGGCCCCCUCCUGGACAGAGAAUGGGGGAGCAGAAAACAAAGAGAGACAGGGCACAAGUAACCCAGCCAUGGUAAUUGAAAAUGAAACAUAACCACAGAGAAGAAUGAGGACUAUUACCUGCAAAACACAGGUCUGUGGUGGCCCCAGUGUUGAGAGUGCCCUGAGAGUGUGCAGAUGUGAUAACCUACCAGAACCUGUCAUCAUUCUUAUAAUAACACCCUGCUCUAUUUACUGACCAGAAGGGCUUAGUUUACUGUUGUUUUUCUCUUCCGUUACCAUUUUCCAAUUGAACAUAAUUAUUUUUGAUUUUUGAGAAUAACUGUGCAGGUUGAAAACUGGUCUUGAAGCCUAAAAAUGAUCUGAGAUUAAGUUGCAUUCCAAUUGUCUGGCAUGUUUUAUAAAGUUUGUAUCUGAAAAGCACAGAAGAAUAGAAUGAAAGAGCAUUUUUCCACUUUGUAUAACAGUUAGUUAAAGAAGUUGCUUUUGUAUGUGCUGUGUACAUAAAUUGUCUUUUAGAAGAGGACCCUUGAAAUGUUGCUGUACCCUUUUAUCUUGGACCUCAUCAUCCCCAAAUUAAUAUUAGUGUAAUGUCUAGACUUGAAUGAUUAACUUGCAUUGGUGAUUAUCGACAGAAACAUUAUACAUAUUAAAUCUGAAUGUCAUUGACUGUAAUUGAAUUCCUUGACCUAACACGUGAAAGAGGUAUGUAUGUUACUGAAAUUGGAUUCUAUGUUUGAACAGCAGUGUUAGGUUUUUUAUGGCACCAGGCCUGAACAUGGAAGUGUCGUAGAGUUGAUGAACACAUUGCAGUCUGUUGUGAAAAGUAUUUUGAAAUAUCCCUUGAAUGAACUGAUGCAUGCUUUUACACUCAGGAUGCUAACAAAACAUGAGGAAGUAAUUAUCUCCCCAUGGUUUAUGUUCUAGAAAACUUCUAUGAUAAAUGUAAAUGUAGUUGAAUUGACUAAUUCGAUAAAGGGCUGUACUGACAUUAUUCUUUGAUUUGAAAAGAUUCCUGGGUUGGGACACGGGUGAGAAUAAUAUUGCCGCUGAAACAUCAUGCACCUGUACUCUUGUAUAUGUCAGUGGGCUUUGUAUGUAGUGUUCCUGUAGUCUGUCCAUUAUUAUACUGCCAGGCAAAGAUCCCAUUUUUCUCAAGAGGCCUGACACACUGGCGUAUGAUCUUCUAAUCUUAGCCUUGGUAUCAAAGCGUUUGCUGCAUUCUCAAUUCUAAUCCAUUCCAAUACACAAAUGAUGCAAAAGAAUAUGGCGAUUGCUCUGUUCAUUCCAUAACUGAGUGUUGUUUUGAUUGCAUUAUGAGCAUCAGUUAGCACCAGUUUUAUUUGAGUUCAAUGGCUCAAAUGUUUGCUUGUGUUGAAAUGCUAGUAUUCUGAAACCAUGAACAUUUAUAUUUUUGUAUUAUUUCAUCUGUGUAUAAUAUGGAGAAAAAAAUACUAUGUACUGUACAAUUAUGAUGCCUUAUCAGGAGAGAAAUACAAUUAUGCCCUUUCCAGUCUGUUUAUAUGACCAUUAUUGACUGUUGUUAUAAUUGAUUAGCCUAUAAGGUUCUUAUUUC